GGGGCCGUGGCUUGAGCGGCGUCGUCAAGGCCAGGAGCGGCGUCGCCGCGUCGCCGCGUCUCGGACGCGGAAGGCUCGUGCGGAGGGGAGGCGGUGCGUUUGCUGGACCCGCCUGCCCGCCAGCGGCACGAUGAGCCUGGCCCUCAGGAAUGAGUUCUCAGUAGAUAAAACUAAAAAGAAGAAAAGAAGAGAACUGACUGAGGAACAGAAGCAAGAAAUUAAAGAUGCCUUUGAAUUGUUUGAUACAGACAAGGAUAGAGCAAUAAAUUAUCAUGAAUUAAAGGUGGCAAUGAGAGCCUUGGGUUUUGAUGUGAAAAAAGCUGAUGUCCUGAAAAUACUUAAAGAUUAUGAUCGAGAAUCAACAGGCAAGAUCACGUUUGACGAUUUUAAUGAAGUUGUGACAGAUUGGAUACUGGAUAGAGACCCACAAGAAGAAAUACUCAAGGCAUUCAAAUUGUUUGAUGAUGAUGACUCUGGUAAAAUAAGUCUGAGAAAUCUGCGGCGGGUUGCUAGAGAAUUGGGUGAAAAUAUGUCUGAUGAAGAACUGCGGGCUAUGAUUGAAGAAUUUGAUAAGGAUGGAGAUGGAGAAAUUAAUCAAGAAGAAUUUAUUGCUAUUAUGACUGGAGAUAUUUAGCAUUAGAAGAAAAGAAAUUACCUGACCACAAAAGGGAGGAGUUGUUGGCAGCUUCUGUUACAAUGUUCUGUACUUUCAUUUAUUUUGGUAGCUGGAGUGGUGCAGAAAGUUGUCACAGGACCAAAAUAAAAACGGGUUGCAUGCACUGAUAAUUCAGUACUUUGUAUCAUUAAAUAUUAUCAUUAGGAUAAUUGAUGUAAUAUUUUAGAACAAGUAAAUAAUGCUGCAUUUCAGAAUAUUUGAUUAACUUUGUAAAAUAGCCUUGUCUCAAAUUUCUGAAUUGUGUCAUAUAUUAGCCUUUUGAGGUUAUUGACUUUGUGUUAGCAUUAGUUGUGGCCUUAGUUUUGAUACAUAAGUUUUGAAAAACUUCCAUUUUAAUAAAACAUUCUUUACUACUA